AUGUUCGGUGGCACUUGGCAAGUCAGCACCAAGAAGGUCACCGCCCACAGCGCCUGGCGGCAUCGAGCGCACACCCAAGGCGACCAAGCUGCGAGCCGCCCGGCCGCUGCGCCCUUCUCGCGCCCCAGUCAGGAGCGUGCAGCGCAGCGGCCCAAGGCCCACAGCCCCAGCGCGGAGAUUCCGGACGACAUUCCGCCGCCUGAGGCCCCGACUAUCCGGAAGACCCUGGACCGGCCCCUGCUCCUGAGGUCGACUACGGAGCAUACUCCUCCGCCUGCAACGCCGGAGGACGGGACAGAUAUUCGCGGAGGCAGC